GAAAAAUAUUUAUUUAUAUCUUCAACGUUUCGGCGCAAACACAAGUUGGCGUGGGAGUUAUUUAAUUGUCUAUAGCUUUUAUCUUUAAAAUUAUUAAACGAAAGCUUAAGCAUUUUUAAGCGAUUUUUGUUUAAACCUCUACCUUCGAGUCAAACAUGUUUGGGGUUGAAUGUUUGGAGUUAGCAUUUCAUGUUGAGGAUUUUAAUGUAGAGAUAAUCGAGCUGCCUUCGAGUUGAAGGUGCUUUUCCGCUCCCCACUGUUGCAGAUGCUCUACCGACUAAGCUAUCAGGGCCGCUGCUUCCAUCUUCCCUCCUUUUUAAUAGAUCCUAAACCACUUUAUAAGCAUCUGUGUUUUAAAUUUUAGCCAGCUGGAUCUCCUCCCUCCUUUCCUUACAAAGACUUAAAAAUAAAAAUGCUUGACGCCAAAAACAUUCCAGCGCCAAAACUUCUCCCUCCACCACAAAAAUAAAUUGCGUGAAAAUAAAAAUAGUAGUAGUAAAGUAUAGUUGGAUGAAUCAUUCCUUUUUAACUACCCCUUUUUUCUUUCCUCUACAUAUUUUUGUUUGUGUUUAAUCUUUUUUUUAAAAAUCUCCCACAAAUUUAUUUUUAUUUAUUUUUUAAAAGUUUUUAGCCUCUAAAAUUUAUGCUCCACCACAUUUCGCCAAUAAGGCUAAAAACCCACGUUUUGCCAAUAAGUGUGUUGACAAAACGAGGGAUUUUAGCCUUUUUGGCAAAAUGUGGAAUUGGCAAAAUGUGUGGGGAGUUAAAUUUUUAUAAUUUAACUACUACUUCACCUACUAAUAAUCUUAUUACUUUAAUGGCUACUGAAACUAAUUAUCCCAUUCCCUACCGAAGCAAACUUACUGAACAAUUCGAACCUGGCCAAACUUUAAUUUUAAAAGGGAAAACAGCUGAGGAUUCUGUUCGUUUUACUAUCAAUUUGCAUCAUGCUAGUCCUGAUUUUAGUGGAAAUGAUGUUCCGUUACACAUUUCUGUUCGAUUUGAUGAGGGAAAGAUUGUCUACAACACUUUCGCUAAGGGAGAAUGGGGAAAGGAAGAACGCAAGAGUAACCCAUACAAGAAAGGAGAUGAUAUUGAUAUUCGCAUUCGCGCUCAUGAUAGCAAAUUUACCAUUUUUGCUGAUCAAAAAGAAAUUAAAGAGUAUGAGCAUAGAGUGCCUUUGAGCUCGGUCACUCACUUUUCUAUUGAUGGAGAUAUUCUUGUGACGCAUAUCCACUGGGGAGGGAAAUAUUAUCCUGUCCCUUACGAAAGCGGUAUUGUCGGUGAAGGCUUCGCUCCUGGUAAAACUAUGCUCAUCUUUGGCACUCCGGAAAAGAAGGGAAAGCGUUUUCACAUUAAUUUGUUAAGAAAGAAUGGAGAUAUUGCUUUACAUUUUAAUCCGCGUUUUGAUGAAAAGGCAAUAGUCCGCAAUUCUUUAAUCGCAAAUGAAUGGGGAAAUGAGGAGCGUGAAGGAAAACUUCCAUUAGAAAAAGGAAUUGGUUUUGAUUUGAAAAUCGUUAAUGAGGAAUAUGCUUUUCAGAUUUUCUUGAACGAGGAACGCUUUUGCUCUUAUGCUCACCGUAUGGAGCCGCACGAUCUUCUCGGACUUCAAAUUGUAUUUUUUAAAAUUUAUUUUUAA